GAAGUUCACUUUAUUUUAAGGAUCGGUGUGCAACUAAUAAACAAUUUGAAGGUGUUGAAGUGUUGUUACAGCCAUCAGAAUAAUCUUAUUUUGAUCUGUGUCACGUGAAUCAACAUAUAAUUAUCUUCAUCCUUAAAAGAAAAGAAGGAAACCACGAAGUAUAUUUAUUUAACCGCCAAUUUGAUACUGCACGUAAAAGGGACGACAGUUACUAAAAAGACGGCCAAACUGCAGUUUCCAAAAUUCUAUCAGUAAUUAUUCCUUACAAGCAAACUAAUCUUUAUUACUUAUUUUAAUUUUUUUGAAAAUACUCUUCGUCGGAAACAUUUACAGAAAAUUUCGAAAUAUCUAAUUUCCUGUAAGAAAAUUACAUGCGCUGUAGGCAUCUCAGCUUCGUGAAAUACCGCCAGGUUAAUUCUAGUUCCGGCAGUUUAAAUCAAGUUCAAUGACAGCGGGCAAAUUGAAUUGGUGAUUUUUUUUUUAUCAAUUUCACAACUUUUGAUCGAUUACUUUCGAUCAAAACUUAGAAAUUGUCUUUUUGCACUCGCAAUUGGAAGAAGCAACCACGUGAUGAGCAGUCGCGGAAAAAGAGGGAAAGGUCGCGGAAAAGAAGGAGUCAAACGUCAGAAAAAAGAGCCCCGUGAUAAAAUUUUAGGUGUCACCAAGUCUGCCAUCCGCCGAUUGGCCCGCCGAGCUGGAGUCAAACGAGUCUCCGAACUGAUCUACAGAGAAACCCGCGAUAUUAUCAAGAUUUUCCUCACAAAUAUCAUCCAUGAUGCCAUCACCUACACAGAGCAUGCUAGGAGAAAAACUGUUAUGGUAGCAGAUGUCAUUUAUGCUCUGAGGCGUCAGGGACGCACCGUCAGCGAUUUUGGAGGUUAAACUUCUAUUCUAACAUACCUAAAUUGUUUACAAUAAAAUCGAAAUAAUUGAUUGUAUUCAAUAGUCUUAAUGCCUGUUUAAUAUAUGAGCGUAUCUUAUUCCACAAGUCAUACCGGCUUUACUUAACCAUCAAUCGGGUCCAUUCCUUAUUAAGUGUUUCCUUUAGGGCGAAUCAAAAUUUUCAAGGUGUAGGAUUAAAAGCUUGAAUACGAGUGGGAGUUCGUUUUUUGAAUUUUGAAAGAAAAAUGUUAUCAUCGGUCAGUUUUAAAAGACCUCGUCGAAUUCUUGGUUGUUUGUUGAAUACCCAGCCUCUGCAAAUUCUACAAGCUUGUAUCAGCAAAAGGGAGGUCCACCUCGAAAAAUUUCAUUUCGCACAUCUGGUCCGGUCCGUAUAAUACGGCGCGAUUGGAUACUAGAGGAUCAAUUUUCAAUUGGUUUGGUUAUCUUGAGCUUCAUGGAGCUCUUAAAGACCAAGAAAUUGAGGACGUCGCUCGCAAAUUAUUCAGAAUGACAGAAUAUCGGACUUUACAUGUUCGUAUCUCAAUACAAAUGUCUUAAAUUACAUAUUAAAGCGUUUAUACUCAGUU